UUGGAGCGUUUGCAAGCACGACUUCUCGUCGUACGUUUCACCUGCCGCUCGUGGGAUUGCCGCGCGUCUUCUUGCUGGCGUGUGCGCAACCGAGGAGGCGUAUAGGGACUUGGUGCGCAUCAGAGGAAGGUGACAUGAAGGUGCUCGGGUGGACCACACUCGUCCUCUGCCAGUGGAUCCUACGCAAGGUCCAAGGGUUGGACAAGAAAGUGGACUUCUCAGACCUGGGCCAGGUGGGCUCCGCAAUGAAGACUCUUCCUUACAGCAUGGCCGGAGGCACAGGUGGAGCACCACCAGGAGGAGCUGGUAAACCGCCAUACCAAACCCGAAUCUUCUCUUCCUCCUUUGACCAGACACCCCUGAAAUCCAAGCCGCCCGCCUACAGUUUCUUUAACCCUUACGACACGGCCCGUAACCAGUCCCUUCUGGUAGAUCAGACGGGGUACCGCUCAAAACGUAAGCACUCUCUGAAGACGGCAAUGAAGACUAAGAAGAUCUUUGGCUGGGGGGAUUUCUACUUCAACGUCAAGACCCUGAAGUUCAGCUUGUUAGUGACAGGGAAGAUUGUGGACCACAUCAACGGGACGUUCACUGUGUAUUUCCGUCACAAUUCGUCCAGUCUUGGGAACGUGUCAGUCAGUAUUGUCCCUCCCACCAAAGUGGUGGAGUUCGAGGUCCUCCAGCAGCAGUUCUUGCACCCCCACGGCCAACAAGAGGUCCAGAUCCAAGAGACCCAGCAAUCCCCCGUCGACCCCAAAGAGGUGAAGACUUUUAACUGCCGGGUGGAGUACGAGAAAACCAACAGGUCCAAGAAGCCUAAACCCUGCCUGUACGACCCGUCGCAGACGUGCUUCACGGAGCACACCCAGUCACACGCCGCCUGGCUCUGCGCUAAACCCUUCAAAGUCAUCUGCAUCUUCAUCUCCUUCUUUAGCAUCGAUUACAAGUUGGUUCAAAAGGUGUGCCCGGACUACAACUUCCAAAGUGAGCACCCUUACUUUGGAUAAAAAAAAAGGCAAGAAGAAAGACUGAUGGGAAUGAUAGUCAUAUUGAUUACAUAUUGAUGGAGCAGGGAACACUUUCUUGCCUCUAAACUGCUGUGAUUUCAAACAAGUAUCAUCAGAGUUUUGGAUGCUUAGGAUUAGGGAUGAUGUUUGAUAAGAAAUUAUCGAGUUCGAGCCCAUUAUCGAAUCCUCUUAUCGAACCGAUUCCUUAUCGAUUGUCUUAUCGAAUCAGAUAUAUGGAAAAAAACACAAUAUUUGGUUUAACAAAAGCUCACUUUUAUUUUAUAAGAAAAAAAUAAAAUAAAUAAAUAAAUAUUGACUGUUGCCCCCUAAAAAAAUAAAAAAUAAAAAUAUUGACUGUUGUUACCCAAAUUAUAUUAAGUGGGAUUUUUCCAGAAAAACUAAUAU